ACCAACGGCGUGGUGGUCACCUGGAACCUGGGCAAGCCGUCCCGCAACAAGCAGGACCAGCUGUUCACGGAGCACAAGCGCACUGUCAACAAGGUGUGCUUCCACCCCACCGAGGUGUACAUGCUGCUCAGCGGCUCCCAGGACGGCUACAUGAAGUGCUUCGACCUGCGCAAGAAGGACUCUGUCAGCACCUUCUCUGGCCAGUCGGAGAGCGUGCGUGAUGUGCAGUUCAGCAUCCGGGACUAUUUCACCUUUGCUGCCACCUUUGAGAACGGGAACGUGCAGCUGUGGGACAUCCGCCGGCCCGACCGCUACGAGAGGAUGUUCACAGCCCACAACGGGCCUGUCUUCUGCUGUGACUGGCACCCAGAGGACAGGGGCUGGCUGGCCACGGGCGGCCGCGACAAGAUGGUGAAGGUGUGGGACAUGAACACGACACGGGCCAAGGAGAUCUACUGCGUGCAGACCAUCGCCUCGGUGGCGCGCGUGAAGUGGCGCCCCGAGUGCAAGCACCACAUCGCCACCUGCUCCAUGAUGGUGGACCACAACAUCUACGUGUGGGACGUGCGCCGCCCCUUCAUCCCCUCGGCCAUGUUCGAGGAGCACAAGGACGUCACCACGGGCAUCGUGUGGCGCCACCUGCACGACCCCUACUUCCUGCUCUCGGGCUCCAAGGACAGCACCCUUUACCAGCACAUCUUCAAGGACGCCAGCCAGCCCAUCGAGCGGGCCAACCCCGAGGGGCUGUGCUACAGCCUCUACGGAGACCUGGCCUUCGCCGCCAAGGAGAGCCUCAUCUCCUCCGACUCCAACCGCAAGCCCUACAUCGGCGACCGGCGCCACCCCAUCUUCUUCAAGCGCAAGCUGGACCCCACAGAGCAGUUUGAGUACAUCUCGUCCUCCAGCGCCCUGAGCGUGUUCGAGACGGACGUGGAGAGCGGCAGCAUGGACUGGUUCGUGCACACGGCCAAGCAGUACGCGCUGGCCGGCCGGCCCCUGGCCGAGCUCUGCGACCACAACGCCAAGGUGGCCAAGGGGCUGGAGCGCAACCAGGUGGCUCAGACGUGGACGAUGCUGAGGAUUAUCUACUCCAGCCUCGGCACCGUGUCGUCCACCAACCUCAACCACAGCAUGGGGAAGGGCAGCACUGCCCUGCCGCUCAUGAACAGCUUUAACCUGAAAGAUAUCCCUGCUGGGCUGGGCAGCGAGUCCAGGCUGGACCGCAGCAAAGGAGAGAGCCGCACAGAAAACAUCCUCAUGGACUCCUCCUCCACCCUGAUCAACAACGAGGACAAUGAGGAGACGGAGGGCAGCGACGUCCCUGCGGAUUAUCUGCUGGGGGAUGUGGAGGCAGACGAGGAUGACCUGUACAUGAUGGACCAUGAGAACCCACACGCUGAAGAGCAGGAGUACAGCCUUCCCCAGGAAGCCUUCCCCCUGCGCCACGAGAUCGUGGACAACCCGUCAGCCUUGGACCACCUGCAGGACAAGGCCGACUCCCCUCACGUCAGCGGCAACGAGGCCGAGACGGUGUCGCUGACCCCCGUGGAGUCCUUCUCGCUCAUCUCCAUCUCGCACUCGCUCUACGAGAACCGCCUGCCCUCCGACUUCUUCAACCCCAUCGUGCGCGACACGCUGCUGUUCUACGCCGAGCAGGGCGACGUGCAGACAGCCGUGUCCGUGCUCAUCGUGCUGGGGGAGCGCAUCCGCAAGGAGAUCGAUGAGCAGACGCAGGAGCACUGGUACACGUCCUACAUCGACCUGCUGCAGCGCUUCCAGCUCUGGAACAUCUCCAACGAGGUGAUCAAGCUGAGCACCUGCCGUGCCAUCAACUGCCUCAACCAGGCCUCCACCACCCUGCACGUCAACUGCAGCAACUGCAAGCGGCCCAUGAGCAACAGGGGCUGGAUCUGCGACAGGUGUCGGCAGUGUGCCAGCAUGUGUGCCGUGUGUCACCACGUGGUGAAGGGGCUCUUUGUCUGGUGCCAGGGCUGCAGCCACGGCGGCCACCUGCAGCACAUCAUGAAGUGGCUGGAGACCAGCUCCCACUGCCCCGCCGGCUGCGGCCACCUCUGCGA